AUGUUGGAUGGCGUUUUGUACCGAUACGCUCCUGGCAAGGACGCUGAAGAGGCUCAAUGGGUCGUGCCGCGUUGCGCCGUUGAGCGCAUACGAUACGAGAACCACUUGAAACCUUCUGGAUUGUUAAGGACCCCAGCCGUCUCCAGGAGAUUUGAAAUAUUGGCUAUGAAUCUAUUCGGGCCGCUACCAACCACCGCCGAGGGAUUUCAAUGGAUAUUCUUCGUCGAGGAUAUCGCGUCGAAGUGGAUGGAAUCAUUCCUGUUGAAACGAGCCACUGCGAAAGCAUGUGCUCGAACUUUAACCGAGUUAGUUAUUUUGAGAUACGGAACCCCUAGCAAGAUAAUUUCCAAUAAUGGACCUCAGUUUGUUGGUGCGGUCAUGCAGCAGGUAUCAUACUGCCUCGGGUUCAGCCAGUCUCUCACUCCCGUUUACCAUCCAGAAGCCAACCCAGUUGAGAGGAAAAAUCGAGACAUGAAAACGCAACUUUCCAUCCUAGUUAAGAACGAAUAUACGAGUUGA